AUGGACGCGUUGUCGCGCAAAGCUGGAGCCAAAGGACCCCCCGUCCCACCAAAUCUGCUGACCCUGAACAAGAACUGCUUCGCCUUCAUCCAACUCAUCACAUUAACCUAUACAUCUAAACACUUAGCAGCAGCAAUUAUCAUCAUGUCCUACCCUACCAUCUCUCUGGACCAGUUUCUCGCCAUGCAGGCGAUUGCAGGGGGUAACCCGCACAAGAAGAAAGGGGAAGUCAAUCUGCCCUUCUCACCACACUAUGCCGAGGUCCACAAGGACAGGUCCAGUCUUCCGGGUUACGGGAGCGUUGGUGACUUGUUGGAAGCAUUUGGGAAGCAUCGAGCAGUGAUCGUAGGCGGAAAGACUGGGUGUGGUAAGACCACUCUUACGCCCCAGGUCUGCGCUAUGAUCGAGGCACAUCACUUCGAGAAGCGGAAAGCCGAGCGUCAGGCAAAGAAGGCGGGAGGCAUGGACGUCGACGAGGAGGAUGAGGAGGUACCGCAAGUGAUCGUAGUGGAGCCGAGGCAGUACGCGGCACGCAAGUGUGCAGACCGAUUUGCCGAGGAAAUGGAUCUCGAGCUCGGCAAAGGAGUCGGACUCCAUAUGCGCCGUACGCGCAAGCUCACGGAGUCUGGUCCUGACCGGAGCAAGAUCCUCGUCAUGACGGAUGGAAUGCUGCGCAACUACCUGAAGAAGCAGCCGAAUCUGCCGGGAGUCGCCUGCGUGAUCUUCGACGAGGUGCAUGAACGGGGAGUCAACAGCGACCUCGCGAUUGGCCAGAUCAUGCAGGUCAUGAAGAGGCGAGAGGACCUCCGGAUCAUCCUGAUGACCGCAACGGGCGAGUUCGACAAGUUCGCCUCCCAUCUCGCCAAGUUUGACCCCAUCAAAGUCGAGCUCGCGGGACAGGAACGAGUCGUCCACACCAUCUGGCCGACCCGGAAGAUACAGUCCUGGGAGGACGGCGCCUGUUCCGUCGUCGACAUGCUCCUCUCCGAUCCCUCGGUCUGGCCGGACGGGAAUAUCUUAGUAUUCUGUCCGGGUGCCGCCGAGAUCGAUCGUCUUUACGACGGGAUGCGGGAGGUCCUGAAGCGAUAUCCCGACCAGGCCAAACGCUUCGACGUCCUUCGGCUUUUCCGCGGCCACCAGACGCACGAGGAGAUGGAGGCGGAUCUCCAGACCAAGUACGACCGGGUCGUGAUCGACGGCAAGACGGUCAAGGUUCCUCGGCGGUGGAUUGCGCUCGCUACCAACAUCGCCGAGACCAGCAUUACCUUUCCCCGGUUGACCUACGUGAUUGACUCCGGUCUCACUAAGCGAUCCAGCUUCAACGCUGUGCGAGGUGCACAGGAGUUCCUGACUUGUCACGCAACAGUCAGUGAACUGGAUCAGCGGAGGGGUCGAGCCGGUCGGACAGAGGAUGGAUACUACUUCCCAAUGUUCGACGAGGAAACCUACGACAAGGCAGACGCGCACGCUCGUCCGCCUGUCCGCCGGGUCGACUAUGCGGAAGUGCUGCACAGCAUGAUGGCAGGCGGGUCCGGUGCGGCCGAUAUAGUCGACUUUGACUGGAUCAGUGCACCGUAUCACGAGCAAGUCGAACGUGCCAUUCACCUGCUCAGGGCUAUCGGGUUCAUGAGGGAUGAUAGCCAUGUCCUGACUGCCGACGGGGUCUUGGCGGCUGAAUUCGGUCUCAAGCCUCGACAUGCUAAGCUGCUUCUCUCCGCACGGUCGACAAGUAUGGUUGAUGAAGUGAUCAAGCUCGUCGCUAUCUUGGAUCUCGGCGGGACGAUCUUGGAAUGCAAGACUGCCGAGGUCGAGCUGUACAUGCACGAGUCCGGGGACCACUUGACUCUGCUCAACGUGUUCAAUGCGUGGAUUCGCGCCCGUCGACAAGGGAACGAUAACGCCUUUUGUCGGAAGACGAGCUUGGUCUGGGCGCAGUGUCUUCUCGCGUACCAGCGGUACCUAGAGUUGAUCCAAGUCUGGGAAGAGCACGUCGGACCGGUCGUCCCCCUUGCCGUUGUCGCGUCAGCACGAGACUCGUAUAGCGCGGAUAUGCUAAGGAUUCUGACUCUUGGUCUUUCGGUCAACCUGGCAUGUCGUACCGCUCCGCCUCGCCCCAAUGAGGGUGUCUUGGGCGGCAUCUACGCCAGUCUCCCGGAGACCAACGAGAAGCUCAGCUCGUCAGCGUCCUUGCGCUUGCCCCGCCGGACGACCUUUGUGUCUACCGUGGCCCAGUACGUGCUUUACGACGAGCUGCGGUAUUUCCCGGCGAAGAGGAGAACCGAGAUGACUCUCGUCACCGUCAUCGGCCAUGAUCAGAUUCGCCUGCUCGAUCCGUCGUUCCGGGACGAGCCGACCUAUGGUCCUCCCCAGAUCAUCGGUGCCCCGGUAGUCCAGGCGCCCACGACCCUGACCCCGGACGUAGAGGCAAAGCUGGCGGCUCUCAAAGCGAAGAUGGCGCCGGCGGGCAAGAGGCACGUACAAGCUGGACUCAAGUCGAGGGCCUAUGACGACAAGAAGGAGGAAGAGGCGCGUGUCAAGAAGCAGCGAACCCAAGGUGAACCUUCUGGCUCUGGGUCUGGCGUGCGCUUCUACGAGCUUGAGCCUGACUGGAUCUUUGCAAGUCGGACUGGGAGUUGA